UAAUCUGGCACUCGGCCUGUUCAUUUUGUAUUCUUAUGAAUCAUAAAGCUAGCUGGUAUUAUUACAGUGUAUGGCCUCAGUCUUCAUACAUGUGUACCAAGUCCUCUGUGAACAAGUUAUUAGUUUUCAUUAUUUUUAUUGGAGAUUGCUACUGUAGUUCAGGAACAUGUGUUUAUUUUGCUACAGACUCAAGCACAGUAAAUAUGAAAUAUGGCUCCGACUCUUUUCGCUCAGUCCAUCCAUUACACUCCUUCCUUUUUAUCGCCUCCCAGCCAGAUGUCUUAUUCCUGCCCAAGAACAAGAAUAAUAAUAAUAAUAAAAAAAACAUUUUCAACAGCUGCCCAGCCAAUUCCACAAACCUGUGUAAUGCAAACCCUCGAUCACACACCUUUCAAUUACAUUGAACUUCUGUUAAAAAGAAAACCUUGACUGUUUCUUUCGUCUCAGCUUUCAUCGCGCGGCCCUUGAACAUGUUUAUUUAGCCCUUCUUGUUCAGAUAAUUCCUUUCAUAUGUAAUUACUGUGGCCGAUGUGAUGGGAAACUUUUCAACAAUUUGUAAUCAUGACCUUUGCCUAAAAAAAACACCAUUUGUCAGUGCAAAUACAAAAAAUGGCCCUUUUCAGGUUUUAGUACAAGGCGGGCCAUCUGUUGGCACAGGUAGCCCUGUUGCCAGGGCAACCCGUAUCCCAUCUGUAGCAUGAAGGGUAUCUUUGGAGUCUCUUAUAGAACUGGUUCAACCACACCAGCAGGCCCCCCGUGACCUCUCGAGCAAAACAACAGGUCCUUUCAUUUUGCUGCUGCUGACCUCAUUAUCCUUUUGUGAAACACAAAUCCAGAGUUGCAUUCUGUUAAAUGGAAAGCGAUCCUGCUGCACUGAACACACAGCAUCAUGGAGCCUUGUGAAUGACCAUUACAGCAGUACUAGUGGUGGUGGUGGUGCGUUCCUGGUUUGAACCGGCUGAACACAAUCAUGACUACUGAGGCUGCGAAUGAUAGGCGAACAGCUCGUAACAACUCCCCUGAGACUGAGGCUAACAUCACAGAGCUGAGAGAACCUGAGGGAACACCACCAUGGACGACAGAAUUACACCCUCCAUCUCCAGUCGAAGCUUCUUCAAAAGUCACUGCCCGCAAACGAAUGAGAGUGUUGGUGGUCGUAUGUACAGUUGGGCUUCUUGGUGGAUUAGCAGUGGGAGUGUGGUUUCUAGUGAAGUUCCUUAUGAAGCCAGUUGUCACACAGAGCCCAACAGAACUGGGAGACACCAAAGAGACAUGGUUCUGCAACGUGACUGACGAUGUUGCCAUCACUGAUCCCAGGAAAGUUUUUUACAGAAUAAGUUCGGAAAACUCUUUGCUGGAAAUCCAGCGGGAGGAAUGGAAAACCUGGCUUCCUGUGUGCUACGAGAGGUGGAACGCAUCUCUCGGAACAUUGAUUUGCAGACAGCUUGGCCAUCUAAGGCUCACAAAGCACAAAGGAGUCAACCUGACAGACAUCGGACCCAAUUACACGGCUGGAUUCGUUCAAAUUACCUCUGAACACAAACACGACUUGGAAAACAUCUGGCGGUUCAGGGGAAGUUGCACUACUGGUAAAGUGAUAGCAUUAAAAUGUUUCGAGUGUGGGACCCGUUCAAAGCUGCCCAGAAUAAUUGGAGGGACUGAAGCCACUCUGGGGAAAUGGCCCUGGCAGGUGGCUCUGUACCACAACUCUAAACACGUGUGUGGAGGCUCAAUAAUAACCAGCCAGUGGAUAGUUACUGCAGCACACUGUGUGCACAAUUACAGGUUACCUCAGGUAUCAAGCUGGCUUGUCUAUGCUGGUAUAGUUACACGGAGCUCUGGUAUAUUGGCAGAACGCUCUGGCAACCCUGUGGAGAAAAUGAUUUACAACAAACAGUACAACCACAGGAGUCACGACAACGACAUUGCCUUGGUGAAGCUCAAAUCACCUUUGAACUUCACAGAUACCAUCCGGCCUGUCUGUCUCCCAAGAUAUGAUCAAGAUUUAUCUGGAGGAACUCGUUGCUGGAUCUCAGGCUGGGGCUACACAAGGCCAGAUGAUGUCCACAUUCCUGACACACUGAAAGAAGCUGCAAUUCCCUUGAUCAGCACCAAGAAAUGUAACAGUUCCUGCAUGUAUGAAGGGGAAAUCACCCCGAGAAUGCUUUGUGCUGGAUACCCAGAAGGGAAGAUAGAUGCAUGUCAGGGAGACAGUGGUGGACCUCUGGUGUGCCAGGAUGAAAAUAUCUGGCGCUUAGUGGGGGUGGUGAGCUGGGGGACUGGGUGUGCCGAACCCAACCACCCAGGGGUCUACACCAAGGUGGCAGAGUUCCUCGACUGGAUUUAUGAAACGAUUGAGAAUUACUGAAAGAUUGGCAGCAGAUGAAAAGAUGAUCGGAUCUUAAAGAGGUGGGAGGCAAGGAGCAGUGACUGUCACACAGGUGUGUGCUGUGACAGAUUAGCAGAGUUUAUUCUCAGGUUUAAUCUUCUCUUUGAACCAGUUCACAUGUCUGAGACCUAACCCUGGCUCCCAGUGAUAAGGGGGGCCGUGGUGAUGAUGCCAAAGCUAACGAGGAAGAAACAUACAUGUUCAAACUUUAACAAACACUUUUGUCUGAUGUAUUUAGGCAGAAUGUACACUUAUCUGUAAGCCCAAACCUUUUGUUUCCUUUUCCGCAGAGGAGAAAAAGUGGUUUGAAUCCAGCAAAUGUUUUUAUAAAAAUGUUACCGAUUUUAUAAUAUAUAUAUAAUAUAUACAGCAUAUAUACUACUGUUCUAUAGGGAGGGGCUUAUAUGUUAUUUAAUAUGCUGUUUUAUCAAUAUUAUAAUAUUUUCACAAUGUUAUAUGUGGGUAGCACUCAAACACAGGCUAUGCUGUUAUGAAGUAGCAAUGAAAAAUGUGUAACUAUUACUGUAGAUUUUUUUUCUUCUCUCCAAUGACACAAAGUACACAAAGAGAGACUCAUUCACUGGGUAUUUGCAUUACAGGUAUGUACAGUAUAUGUAUGUUCCAUCUAUGCUACCAGAAGAUAGUGGAACCUGAAAAGUCAAACCGUACCAAUAUAGGUUUUCAACAUAUUUUCCUGUUUAUUAAUUUCUUCUAAUAUGGGGGGUGGCUACUUUCACUGUUAACCUUUCCAUUUGCCAGAACUGAGCAGGUGUGGGAUGAACUCGAAUGCCGCAUUCAUGAUCAUCUGCCUUACCGAUUGCACCAAUAUGCAUGUCGUAUCAAGGCAAACAGGGGCCCAACCUGACAUUAGGUUGAGGUCCUAAUAAAGUGUCCAGGCCCUGAACAUAUAAACAGAGCUCCAGCAGUACAGAUCAGCUAAUGAUUGGUGGGGAUAGAAUCUCUUCUAUUUACCAGCAGGGGUUCCCUCUUUAAACACAGCAGGGUGCCGAGUAUAAGAUUUUAACCAGCAUCUUUGGAGGAUUAUUGCUAUGUUUUGAUUUUAUGAAAACACUUUGGGGCGUUUUUAAGCCUUCUAGUGGAGAAAACCCCCAUACUAACCAAGGAACAAACAGCUUGAGAGUUCAAUCAGUUAGUUGCAUGGUUCUGCUUUUUGUAAAAUGA